GAGAGUUAGAGAGAGAGCGAGAGAGAGAGAGAGAGAGAGAGAGAGAGAGGGAGGGAGAAAAAAAUAUGAAACAACUCAUUUGCAGAGGAGUAAAUCACGGAAAACCCGUUUGAGAGCGCGACAGGGCUCCCGCUUCCAGCGCUAACACCGGAAUUGUGAUGCGCACGAGCCCUUCCUCCUCUACUUCUCCCUCUUCUUCUCCUUCCUCUUCUUUUUCUUCUUCUUCGCUGGAGAUUUUAUGGAAUCGGUGUGAUUGUUGUUAUUGUUGUUGUGGUGGUUGUGGCUGUUACUGCUCUGGCUGGCUGCCGUUGCCGUUACUCACACCGCUCGUCUGUUGUGGCCGUGAGGGGAAACACCACAACAACGGUCACCGACACCGGCGGCAGACCUGCCUCACACUCUCUCUCUCUCCCUUCCCUCCGUCUCUUUCUGUGUGUCGGUGUUUUUCUGUCUCAAACCGCAAGACAGAAGCAGAAAAAAAGAAAACACAAUUGAAAGCCGCCGGUCGCUUCCUUCAGUCCCACUGUGACUCUGCCGAUCCGAACACACACUGAAACAACAAUAAACAACAACACAAAAGAUGAGUUCAUAUUUCGUCAACUCGCUCUUCUCCAAAUAUAAAAGCGGGGAUUCGUUACGUCCGAACUACUACGAGUGCGGUUUCGCACAGGACCUGGCCGGCAGCCGGCCCACCGUGGUGUACGGCCCGGGCUCCGGCGCCACCUUCCAGCACGCUCCGCAGAUCCAGGACUUCUACCACCACAGCGCCUCCACGCUGCCCAGCAACCCGUACCAGCAGAGCCCCUGCGCGGUCACAUGCCACGGCGAACCGGGUAACUUCUACGGAUACGACGCCCUGCAAAGGCAGACGCUUUUCGGGGCCCAGGACGCGGAUCUGGUCCAGUACAGCGACUGUAAGCUGGGAGGAGCGCAGGGGCUCGGCGGCGAGGACGCGGAGGGAACCGAGCAGAGCCCCUCACCGACGCAGCUGUUCCCCUGGAUGAGGCCGCAAGUAGCUGCGGGCAGGAGGCGGGGCCGGCAGACCUACAGCCGCUACCAGACCCUGGAGCUGGAGAAGGAGUUCCUGUUCAACCCCUACCUGACCCGGAAACGCCGCAUCGAGGUGUCGCACGCGCUGGCGCUGACGGAGCGACAGGUGAAGAUCUGGUUCCAGAACCGUAGGAUGAAAUGGAAGAAAGAGAACAACAAAGACAAGUUCCCCAGCAGCAAGAGCGAGCAGGAGGCAGUGGAGAGGGAGAGGAGGGAGAAGGAGCUGAGAGAGGGCGGCGGAAGUGGAGGCGGAGGAGGAGGAGGAGGGGGUGGAGAGGGAGGGGGUGGUGGUGGUGGUGGUGGUGGUGGAGGAAACUCGGUGGCGGCUACGGCGGGGUCACAGGCUCCCGUCAAUGGGGAUUGCUGCGAGAAAACCCACAAGCAAAUGUAGGGAGAAGCGGUGAAUUUAGGGGAGGGGGGAGGAAGAGCUGGAGGACUCUGACGCUGUAAAUGUUGGACAGGACGGGGUGAGGGUGGGUGGGGGGACUGUUUUUGUCUUAACUGAGGCCAUUGGACUGCUCCGCUGUCUCUACGAUCCAAUCGAUGGAAAGGAACUAAGUCUCCAAAAUGGCGACUGGUGAGCUGGACGGAAUGGACGGGCCUCGCGCCUCUGUCCAACUGUACAAACCGCGGGAAGAAAAAAAGAAAAAAAAGCAACGAAGCAAGAAAGUGAAUUACAAAAAAAUGACGAGGGUGGGGGUGGAUCAAUCAAACAAACAUAGUCUACUCUAGUGUUUAAAACAAACAAAAAAGAAAGAAAAAUGAUAGCUUCCUUUCUCUGUGGAACAAUUAUUGUGGAAACAUUUCUAUAUUGUUAGAAGUUUAUCAUUAACAACUUUAUCUUUGGCAGCUGUAUAGUUUUUAAGUUAAAAAUGAUGAUGGUGCACUUUUUACUGUACUUCUCACUUCUAUGUUGUUGUUGUUGUUGUUAUGGCAAUGAUUGAUGAUGAUGAUGACGAUGAUGAUGAUGACGUAGCAAUUAAUGAAAUUUCCAACAACAUGAAACUGCCUAUUUAUGCCGUUUUAGUAGGUCGGGUCUCUUUUUUACACACUCUAAUUGUCGUUUCUUGUUUUAGUUCGUUUUUUGAUCGAUGGUGUUUGUUUUAUGUUGUCUUCCUUUUCUCUUUUUUGGGUAAAAAGCAUGCGCACAGUGCAGAUUAAAAAAAAAAAAGAGAGAACAUUCAUAAAAAUAAAAAGGAGAAAAAAAUGUAAUAAAAAAAAUGUUGCGUUCUGCAUUUAAUGUCACGAGUCAGUGAUGGCUAUGGGAGGCUUGAUCUUAUCGAGUGUUUAACGUCUUUUCACUCGAUUAAUCAAGAAGCAGAGAGAAUUAUUGGUAUUAGUUAAUCCAUGGUAUCAUUAAAAAACUGUGGCGAAGAAAGGAUGAAUGAAUGCUUCUAUCUUUCCCCUUCUUUUCAUCCACACUUUCUCUCCGACUUGUCCCUCACCAUUCCUCCUCUCCUCUCACCUCUCUCUUUCCCUCCCUCCCUCUCCCUCUCCUCUCUGUACGCUCUUGUCAGCACCCAGACUGAUAAAACCGUUCAGUUCACGAGGCCAAGCAUUCAAGCCUCGACUCGGAAAUCUCCACUUAAAACAACAGACGCCGCCUCCCCUCACACCCUCACCCAUCCACUCUCUCUCACACACACACGCACAGACAAACACACACAAAAUCCACAUCCUAACAUCACGUUAUUUAUGGCCUGGUCCUCAUCCUCCACUUACAUUAUUACAGGCCUCUAUUUUCACCAUUACACUGUCUUCCAUCAUCAUCACGAUGAGGACCGAUUGUUUCCAUAUGGGCAGAUCAAACACGCUGAGCAUUCAUAUUUACACAUGCAUAUACUAGGCUAUAUAUCUUUAUGUACUGGACUUCAGCAUGU